AUGGAUGUUAGUUUGACUUGUUCGUUCAGUUCUCCUGAUUCUGCCUGUAGUUUGGAGGGCACGGGGUCGCAGGUUGUACCCCUGUUGGCGUGCAAGCUAGACAUCACUGCACAUCUACUAAGCCUGGGAGUCAGCUCAGGGCAACUGCGAACCGGAGACGAAAACGUUAAUGAGGUUGACCUGAUCCUGAAUAGAGCUGGAUACUUUGUUACAACCGAUAACGAGAAAAUGUCAAUGACAAUAUGCCCGAGACACAGAAAAAAACUAACUACAGACUGGGCUGGCAGAAAGAGCAACACAUGCUCGUAUCCAAGUCAUCGAGGACCGCGGAAAACUAUAAAGAAACCGCGCCGCGUAAACGCCACCUUGUCGGAAGAAAUUUAUCAAUUUCACCAAGCCACAGUUCCCAUUGGCUCGGGUAAGUACAAAUCGGGUGCAGCCAGACCGCAGCCUUAAUACUUAGAGUUGUAGUAUGGACUUCACUGGUAAAUACAAACGAAACCUUUAUUUCGAAGGUACUUAUUUUACUUUGUGCUUAUGGAUAUGGUUAGUACAUAAAUUUUAUUUCUUUAUCGGAAUAUGCUAAGGGAACGAAGCAAAACGUAAUCCGAUGCCAUUGCUUUUUGUAUUUGAAUGAGCUUUUCUCUUUUAGUCGACUCGUUUAAAUAUACAAAGGCAUUGCCUAAUUCUGUUGCAUUGUCUGAUAUCCUUCUGACUUUUUCGGAAAAGGGGAGGGAGAGGGGACGUUGGGGUAGUGUUUCGAGGUGGAUUGAAGUGGUAAUUUGCUAAUCAAGCACCCCGCCUGCAAGAUGACGCCAAAUGGGAGAGGACGGGGGAAGAGGAGAACUAGGAGGGGGAGUAGAGGGAAUGGGAAGUUGGGUGGGGCUGCAAGGGACGCCCAAACACUCCUUAUUUCACUCACCUUCCUUUCUUUAGCUGUUAAGAAAGCAAAUUACCGCACUUUAAUUUGGUCUUACGUGAGUGACACAAACUACAGUCAAUGGACAUAAGUAUUCGUCACUAUCAAAAAUAACGCGCGAAAUUCUUACCCGCGUUGUGCACACUACGCGGGGGAAAACUAGAUGCGGAGCGCGACAUCGGUCAAUAAAGGCGGGAAAAUUAUGUAAAAAUAAAAACAAACAAACAUCCGACUAAGAGCAAGAAAAAAAUUUCAAACUUCCCAAAAGGAAACGAACAAAAGCUGUUUGUGUUUUGACACAUCGUUCAGUCAGUUAUUCAACAGUAACUGCAACGGGUGGUCGCAAAAAAAGAUCACAGUUAUUUUGUUUUGCUUCUGAUAAACAAUAUUCAGCACUCGUGAGUCGACAAAGUGCUUAACUGUCUGCAGAGACAAAAGAAUUAAUUGUUACUUUGUCAGAAUCCGUGAAAAACAAAGCUGAACUGUCAAGACUGUUGAGCAUUCUAAGAACGACUAUCACAGGUGGAACAAAAGAUAAAUUUGAUGAUCUGGGGAUGUUUUUGAUAUGAUGGUGUUGGAAGUGUGACUUCAGUUGAAGGCAACAGCAACUCUGCCAAGUACAUUGACAUCCUAGAAAAUAAUGUAUGGCCAGUAGUUGUUUAGUACUUAGAAGACAAAGACUACAUGUUCAUGGAUGGCAAUACGCCAGUUCACAGCGGAGCACACAAUGUAAAUAAUUAUAAAGAUAAAGCAAAGUACCCUUAAUGGAAUGGCCAGCACAGUCUCCAGAUUUAAAUAUAAUAGAAAACAUUUGGCUUUACAUCAAGAGAGAGUUACAAAAGUCCACUGAAAAUAUCGCUACCAAGAAUGACCUUCUUCGUGAAACUGAGAGUGUGUAGCGGAAGAUCCAAUUAGAUUGAAUAUGAAAGCUUUACCAGCCCAUUCCUGAUCGCCUAGACAAUGUUAUCAAAAUGACGGGUCAUCUUACCAAAUACUAAGGUGAUUUUAAACUUAAAUUUACCGUAAACGAAGUUAAAACAGCGCGCGUAAACGCCGCCAUAUUGAAAGUGACGAAUAUAUAUGUCCCUUGACUGUAUAUUGAUGAUGGGUAUGAUAACGAUAACCAUAAAGACGAUGGUGACGGUAUAAAGGGUCAAUCACGUUGAUGGUGAUCGUGUUGGUUAUUGUUGUCAGUAUUGUUAAUCUAUUUAUCAUUAUCAUUUUUUAUGACAGCUGUGUGUUCCAGCUGCCGUGGAGCACACUACAAAUCCCGUAAGGCUCACGGUUUCAUGUCUGGAGAGCAGGUAAGCUAGUACACAUUGGCCAUUCACAGCUUAGUGUAACUAAGCAUAGUGUAACUGACCAUAUAAUCAGAGGAUGUUUUGAUACCGCCAACAGGUGCACUGAUAUCUAUAACAACUGACAACAUGAAUAACACGUACCUUUGUUGGUUUUCCUGUCUUUUCUUCAAUGGGUAGCCAUUUGGAAUCGUUAAGGUGUGGUCGAUUUCCAAGAGGCUUGGGACCUAGUUAUAAUGAUAGCCAUGUCUAGAGUUUUCAGAUCGCGCGUCGAGAACAAUUACUCGACUACAUCUGAAUGUUUUCUGAAUGACAAAUUGGUCUUGACCAGUGCUUGAAGAGACCAGCAACAACAAAGAUGCGAGGGCACCCUUUGGCAGCGGCUAGGAAACACAUAUAGAGUUUCCACAGUUACAUGUAUUGGAGAUCUUUGUGGAAUUGUUGACGAUCUUGUCCAUAAUUUGCUAAUCUAUUUUAUUACGCUUCAGGAUCCUUACUCAGACACCUUGGUGAUUGGAGACGAGAUCGAGGAGUCUGAUUCUGCCACUGUCUCUGUCAUUACUGUUUGUGAGGAGAGCACAUUGCCAGCCACGGUGUGUGCAGCGGUCUCAAGCACUGGUGAGGGGUUAGAAACAGUCUCUUUGCAGUCCCAUUCGUCCCAAGCCUCGAUACCAGACGAAGAGAUUAGUUUAUGGGUUGACGAGAUGGAGGAACAAAACAGCAAACGGCAGAAAUUAAACGAAGCUGUCCACAGCAUCUCAGGUGGCCGCUACAGCCCCGUAAUGUCCAGCCUGAACACGACCUGGGACGACGUCUCCGACACCCAGCAGCGAUAUUACAUCCGCAAAGCUAAGGAGACUAUAGUGACUUCAUUGUCUGUCAUCACUCCCGGUCAAGAGGAACUGGUUUGGAAGGCGUUACAAACGGAGGUACUUUUGGAUCCAAACAGAGACAACCAAGGAAAGCGCAAGCGUUUUGAUCCCAACUCUGGUCUUGUCGACAUUUUAGUCAAUGCCUAUGAGCAAGCAGGUCAUUGGCAAACAAAGCGACAGAUCCUUUCCCUCUUUGCAGACGACUUUUCAAGAGCUGAGCUUCAAGAGAUGAUCCCUGGGCUUUCCAAAUGGCGCAUCGACCAAGCUCGCCAACAUGCAACAGAAGCAGGGAAAGGCCAGCCUCUCCCUGAAAUUCCUAGUUUCCGUACAAGAAUUGAGCAUGAAAAGGUGGAUCAUUUCAUUGAAUAUAUCUCCAGACCAGAAUUUGUCCAAGACGUGGCGUUCGGGACAAAGACUCUCAAGCUUGACUCGGGGGAGAAAAUUGUCAUACCAGCAGUCAUUAGGACCGUCAUUCCUUCACGCAUCAUCAGACAAUAUUUAGACUAUUGUAAAGAACAAGAGUUCGAGCCGGCGAGCCAGCGUUCUCUCUACCGAAUGAUUGAAGUGUGUUCGGCCUCUAUGCAGAAAUCCCUUCAGGGACUUGACAACACCACUGCAGAGGGUACAGAGGCUUUUGAUCAACUCUUUUCUAUGUUGGAGGCCUUAGCAGAUCAGGGCAUCAACGUUACUGCCACUCAGAAAUUUCUAAAGGAUGCAAAAAGGUACUUAAAGAAUGAUUUCAAGACACACAUCGGACGAGGAGAACAUUGCAGUGAUCACUGCACGGUCCACGCACUAAGUGACAGUAGUGCAUGGGAGUUCAGGGGCGAAUGUGAUCAUGAACAUUGCUACGAAUGUGAGCGCUGUGAGAGUCUAGAAGGAGUACUGAAACAGGUGGCAGAGAUGCAAGACAAAGCGGACAUGACGGAAGAGGAGAGGGUUAGGUGGAGGUUUGAGUACACUGAGAGUGUGCGCAACAUACAAGCGUGGAAGGCUCACUUGCUACGGUCAAGUAACCAGGACGAAGCCAAGCAGGAUAUUCUCGAGAAGCUAGACGACAACUCGUGUCUUGUCGUAAUGGACUGGGCAAUGAAGUUUCUGCCUGUGCAAUACAGAGAACACAUGAGUGAUUUUUUUGGCAAGAGAGGAAGAAGCUGGCAUAUCAGUGCAGUAAUCACUAGAGCAACAGUGGAGAGCAAGCAUGAAGUCGAGUGUUUUGUACACAUUUUCAACAACUGCACCCAAAAUAGCUUUGCAGUUCUUUCAAUAAUAGAGGACUUGCUGCAAAAAGUCAAACUGGAGUAUCCAGGGGUGACAACAGCCUACCUCCGAUCGGAUAACGCUGGAUGUUACCACAAUGGGCCUCUGUUGUUAAGUCUUAGAGAAGUAGGGGUGAGAACCGGUGUCAGGCCAGUGCGAUAUGAUUUCUCAGAACCACAGGCUGGCAAGGACAUUUGUGAUAGGAAGACUGCUGCUAUGAAGGCACACAUAAAGCGCUGGGUCAACGAAAAGCACGACGUCGUCACUGCUGAAGAUAUGAAAGCAGCACUAGAAUCCCAUGGAGGUAUCAAAGGGUGCAGAGCAGCGGUCGUUGAGGUGGACACGACCAGGGAAAGAAACAAAGAUAGCAAGAUACCAGGCAUUAGUGUGUUGAACAAUUUCCAGUUUGAGGAGUGUGGCAUCCGUGUGUGGAAAGCGUACAACAUCGGCCCUGGACGCCUCAUCCCUUAUAGCGGUCUUGGAGUUACACCACAAGGAGAUACUGGAGUAAGGGUGGUAAAGCCAUUUGGUCAAGCUACACACAGGGGAAGCGUGGGUGAGAGCGUCAGGCACCAGUCCGAGAUCUACUCUUGCCAAGAGACUGGAUGCGUCCUCACGUUGAAGACCCAAGCAGAGGCAGACAACCAUAUGGACACGGGCAAGCACCGUCUUGAGGUGGACUGUGAGUCCAUGUAUGACCGCGUUAGGAGGAAAUGGGCGGGAAUUGUGACAGGGGUGACGUUCGCUCCGGAUGUGCCAACAACCUCAUCGCAAGGUGAGAAUAGUGGCAGCGCUUUCAGAGAACAUGACCCUAGACCAUUGGGGUGGGCUCUGAAGGUAACAAAACGACCCACUAGAAUGACUGAUAACGUCAAGACCUUCUUGAUGAAGAAAUUCGAAGAGGGUACAAGAACUGGAAACAAGGCCGAUCCUGUACGGGUAGCGAGGGAGAUGAAGACCCUCAGAAAUGAGGACGGAGAGCCCACGUUUAAGCCUGAAGAGUGGAGGACUGCGCAGCAGAUCAGUAGCCUGUUUUCACGUCAGACAGCGGCGCUGCGUCAUAGGGGUAUUGAUGCGGAGGAAAUCUCGGAGGAAGACAUCGAGGCUGCCGAGUCGGAAAUAGCGUUUGACACCCUUAGAAGUUUGGUGAUGGAUGAUAUGGGCAAACCAAGCCAUCCAAUCAUCGUGGGCAUUAGCAAUAUCUGCGAACUUGUAAAAAACAAGAAGCUUGACUCACUCAAACUGGCAGCUCUGAAAGAAAUCUGCAAUCAGCUACACCUGACGACAAGCGGACCACUGUCAAGAAAAAAAACUUUCUUUGAGGCCAUUCAAAAAUUCUCUGAGAGUUGCACGUGUUUUCAAAAAUAA